UCUUUGACGCUUGUCGUCGACACUGUACUUCUACAUAUUUCACGCGCCUGCGAAGAAAACAUCACGAAACCAAAUCGUCGGUUACAACACCCCGAUUCGUGCAUAACAUAUUUAAGAUUGGUAUGCAAGAAAUGGCCCCCAAGGUGGCGCAACAACAUUAAGAUAAGAUGUCUUUCGCAUGGUGCAGCUAGUUUCUUCGAGUUUCUUUCGCUCCAUUUGAAUCUGGCUAUCCUCGUCGCUUUAUCAAACGCAAUGUUUGAGCCUGUUCCGUCCUUAUCGCGCACCACGAAAAGACUAACCCUACAGCCGCGAUGGCAAUCCGAUGGCAGUUCCGAGAUGAAUAUACCGCUUACUACCUUGAGCGAUAACGACAAGCUCCCUUCAAGCAGCUCACACGAAUUACUAAACGCCCAUAUGAAGAAACAGUCAAUAUUCGGGCGACUCGGGCGUUCUGCAAAGGGAUACCUAGGGCCGCGUUUCGCUGGGUGGCGUUUUGGUGUACUGAGCUUCGCACUCGGUGCCUCAAUCGUCCUUCUAAUAAACAUCGCUGCCACGAUAUCAGCUUUCACUGUCCCAUCUGACGAGAAGGGUGUAUUCUUUGACGCGGAUUGCGUCUACGUGAAGCGCUUGAAUACUGGGCUCCAUCUCGCCAUCAACAUUCUUAGCACCAUCAUCUUGGCUGGGAGCAAUUAUACAAUGCAGUGCUUGUCAGCACCAACACGAAGCGAAAUUGACGCUGCCCACAGCUGCAAGCCUGCCUUACAUCUCGACGUUGGCAUACUCAGUAUACGCAAUCUUAGCUAUAUCAGCAAACGAAGAAAGCUUCUGUGGCUCCUGCUUGGGCUCUCUUCUCUACCACUACAUCUUGUUUACAACUCUGCCAUGUAUGGAUCGAUAUCUACGAACAGUUACUAUGCGUUCUCUGUAGGCGAAACCUUCACAAUGGAUGAGCAGUACACAAAUUAUUCAAACCUCCUUCCGAACACGUACAAUCAGGAUAAGAGCGAAAUAUCAUUUGUACUCGAGGAUCUCUGGAAUAAAGCAAAUGCGGGCAGCCUCGAAAAGCUCAGCCCUUCCAGAUGUAUUGAUGAGUACGCCACUAGUAUACAGUCCAAUCGACGAAAUCUGCUCCUCGUCUCCGACGACGACAGGCUACCCUCGUCAACGAAUAAUUACUUCCUGAAUGGCUCCCACGUAUAUUGGUAUGACAAAUUCAGGACAGAGGAUUGGUUUACCCCUAAGAAAACGAGCCUCAAAUUUGAGUGGAUAUGCCAAAACAUGAACGACAAGAGCCCGCCUUGCUCAGCUAUGGUCGAGGAUAUCAAGAAGCAACCGUGGCAUGUUGGAGAACUCUGCUACGACAAAGAAAACUGCAAGCCUUCAGAUGCGCCAGUGAAAUACUGUCUGAGUGAGCGGGCUGAACCCCGUUGCAAAAUUCACUUUGAACCCAGUAUUGCGAUUGUGGUCAUUGUUUUAAAUUUUUUCAAAGCCGGCCUUAUGUUUUACAUCGCCUUCUGUGUUAACGAUGAGCCGCUCAUGUCAAUGGGUGAUGCAGUUGCCUCUUUUUUAGGUAAAGAGGACAUCGAAACCAAAAACAUGUGUUUGUCUUCAAUGGCAAACUUUAGAGACGGCAAAGGCUACAAAGUAGGGCCGCGACAGUACAGUGGUGAGACAUACCGUUGGAAAGAUGUGACCAGUAUAUUGAGAAGAUGCAUCACUUUGAUAAUGUUCUUGCUGGCUUUAGGUGUCGUUAGCCAUCUGCUCAAGCUGGGAAUCGAUAACCUACCGGCAGGAGCAACACUCAAGGAAUUUACAUUUGGCGCUGUUGACCCUCGCACAACCGUCAAUUAUCGGUCAAACGAUUUGAUCAGCAAUGUUCUUACCGCCAAUACGCCGCAAAUAAUUCUUUCACUCUUAUAUUACGCCUACAAUUCCCUCUUUACUGCAAUGCUAAUGGGCUAUGAAUGGGUCACUUAUUCACGAAACCGCAAAGGUCUUCGUGUAACUCGUCAACCUUCCGGUACUCAACGAUCCACAUACUUCCUUCAACUGCCAUAUCGCUUCGGAAUUCCCCUUAUGGUACUUAGUGUUACUCUACACUGGCUAGUGUCGCAAAGCAUAUUCCUGGUAGCCAUCGAAUUAUACGAAGUCAAUGGCGACCUAUACGAAGUCAAUGGCGACCUAUACGAAGUCAAUGGCGACCUGAGAGUUUUUGAUUCGAAUUCCGUGAGACUUUUUGAUUCACAAUCCGACCUCAAGACUCUGGGUUAUUCGCCGCUGGCUAUUAUCGCCGUUCUAGCUCUAGGCGGGCUGAUGGUCAUUAGUAUGGUUGCGUUUGGGUACAUACCAUACAAGCGUGGUAUGCCGCUUGCAGGGACCUGCAGUCUGGCUAUCAGCGCAGCCUGUCAUCCGACAGAACAAGUCGAGGGCGACGAAAAUAUUGCCGAGAAGAUGUUGCAGUGGGGUGUAGUCAGUAUUGGCGACGAUGAAAUAGGCCAUUGCGCCUUUUCGGCAGAUGAGGUGGGAGCAGUAGUGAAGGGGAAGCUUUACGGCGGGACCACUGCAUAGUUCGGAUAUCGUGACCGCAUGGCGCAAACCAACCCAUCGUAGCCAGCGGACGUCCGCCUGUUGCGAUCGUCAGCAGGUGUGCUCUGUCUCAAAAUCAGCCGUGAUGAGACCCGUGCCAUACAUCUAGAGACGGCGACUGACUGUGCAACGCGACAAACGCCCCACAAUCAUAUCCCGUUGAAUUUCCCAACUUAUUCAGGAUCACAAAGAUAUUAGCGACUCAAGAGCAAACAUGAUCAUGUUAUGAAGCGCUGCGUAGACGAAGGUCAAUAUUGAUAUCGACGCAGAUGACCGCAGCCCCAUCCUGACCAA